AUGGCUCGUAUAGAUCUUGCCUUGAGUGUUUCAUUAAACGGCCUUCCAGCUGCAGACCUUUCACAAUUCUGGCACUUACGAGGUUUGCCUAACGGGUAUUUUCGGUGUGGCAAUAUCUACGAUGCCACAAAUGCAUUGGAUUCCCAGAAUCAGAAACGACUGCUGACACAUCCUACACGAACAGCGGCUCCAUAUACUUCAUCUCAUCAUAAGAUCGUGCGCAUUCCGGUUCCUCCUCACACAUCACGGAAAACAAGUGGAGCACUAAAGGAGGUAAUCUGCAAUUUUCGGGAACGGCCAGUAGCAUUCGGUGGUGACAUUCAAGAAAUGUACCAUCAGAUCCGGAUCAGACCUGAGGAUAGGCAAGCGCAACGGUUUUUGUUCCGAGCGAACAGUGAGGAAGCUCCGCAGGUGUACGUUAUGGACGUUGCCACCUUUGGUUCCACGUGUUCGCCCUGCUCAGCUCAAUUUGUGAAGAACUUGGAUGCAGCAGAUUUCUCGGAGAAGUACCCUGAAGCAGUAGAAGCCAUCGUGAAGCGACACUACGUAGAUGACUACUACGACAGCGUGGAUACUAUCGAAGAAGCGAUCCAGCGAGCCAGUGAGGUGAGGUACAUCCAUUCGUGUGGAGGAUUUCGGAUCAGAAACUGGGUGUCGAACUCUGCUAGAUUUCUCGAACAAAUAGGAGAAAGGAGUGUCGAUUCCGCAGUGCAUUUCAACUGGGACAAGAACACCGAAUACGAGCGUGUGCUAGGCGUCGUUUGGGACCCGGUUGGAGACGAGUUCCGUUUUGCGACCGAAUGGAAAGCAGAGUACAACAAGGUUUUCCUAGAGGAAAAACGCCCGACGAAAAGAAUUGUUCUGAGUAUUGUGAUGGCGCAAUUCGAUCUAGCAGGAUUUCUUGCUCCAGUUACAAUUCUCGGGAAAAUGCUGGUUCAGGAUCUGUGGCGGACAGGCUGCGACUGGGAUGACGCAAUCGUUGAGCUGUCGUUCAGGAAGUGGUUGCGGCGGACCAACAUUCUCGCAGACGUGCCAGUGUUUAAGCUACCUCGAAGCUAUUUCGGAACUGCGAGAUCAGAUGAGGUCGAAGAAGUCCAGCUUCACAUCUUUGCUGAUGCCAGCGAGACGGCGUACGGAUGUGUGGCAUACUUCCGUGCAAUCGUACGGGGUAAAGUGGUGUGUUCGCUAGUGAUGAGUCGAGCGAAGGUAGCACCGUUGAAGCAGCUGUCGAUUCCGCGGAUAGAACUCCUGGCAGCGGUUCUUGCGGCAAGGCUGGCACGAACGAUCGAGCAGAAUCACAACUUCACGAUCAGUAGAGUGGUGUUCUGGAUUGACGCAGAAGUGGUGCUGUCCUGGAUUCGGUCGGAUCAGCGCCGCUACAAGCAAUUUGUUGGUUUUCGCAUUGGCGAAAUUCUUAGUUUGACUAAACUGACAGAUUGGCGAUGGGUUCCGACGAGAUUGAACGUGGCGGAUCUGGUAACCAAAUGGGGUAAAGAUCUGGAGAUACACCCCAACAGCCCGUGGGUACGUGGGCAACAAUUUUUGUACGACAGUGUGGAAAAGUGGCCGAAGAGAGAAUUACCUCCAGCUAACACUACGGAGGAGCUUCGGGUUCACUUGAUGCUGCACGACGUGCAAGUUGCACAGGCUAUCGUGGACGCCAAUCGCUUUUCUAAGUGGACAGUGCUGGUGAGGACGAUGGCGUGCGUAAUCCGGUUCGUGUCGAACUGUAGACGAAAGAGCAAAAAACUGCCGAUUGAGACGCUAAAAGCAACGAGCAGACAGAGCAGUGUACUACAACCGACGGCAGCUGCGUCAGUACGUGUGGCGCUACAGCAAAGUGAGUACGAGAAGGCGGAACUAUGGCUGAUGAAGAUGGCACAGGCGGAGUGUUUCAUCGAUGAGUUGAAGGUACUGGUCAGGAAUAAGGAUCGGCCGGUGAGCCAAUGGCUGUCGAUCGAGAAGUCCAGUGCACUCUACAAACUUACUCCGCUGAUUGACGAAAACGGGCUGAUUCGAAUGGAGGGGAGAGCAGAGAAAGCAGAGUUGCUGUCAUUCGAUCUACGUUUUCCAACGAUCCUGCCACAUCAGCAUAAAAUCACGCAGCUGAUUGUUCAGCAUUACCACGAGAAGAGCGGUCACGGAUAUCGACAGGCGGUGAAGAACGAGCUGAAGCAGUUGUUCUACAUUUCGCAGCUUGACGCAGUAGUCCGGAAGGUGUCGUCGUCUUGCGUAUGGUGUAAGGUCCAUCGAAGUCGGCCUCGAGUUCCACGAAUGGCUCCGCUACCAGUGCAGCGGUUAACACCGAAUCUUCGUCCCUUUAGUUACACAGGUGUGGAUUAUUUGGGCCCAUUUGCUGUUACUGUAGGACGCCGAACGGAGAAGAGAUGGGUCGCAUUGUUCACCUGCUUGGCAACCCGCGCGGUGCACCUGGAGGUGGCUCACGAACUGACUACGCAGUCGUGCUUGAUGGCGAUUCACCGGUUCAUUGGUCGGCGAGGUUGGACGAUGGAGUUUCUGUCCGACAAUGGGACGAACUUCCUAGGAGCCAGUAAGGAACUGGAAGGAGUUGUUCGAGAAAUAGGAGAAGAUUGUGCGGAUCAGCUGACUAGCGCGAGAACGAAGUGGACGUUCAACCCCCCUUUGGCUCCUCACAUGGGAGGAGUAUGGGAGCGUCUCGUUCGGUCGGUUAAGGAGGCAUUCGUGGCGCUUGAUGAUGGGAGACGGUUGACGGACGAAAUUUUGCAGACAGUAGUGGUGGAAGCGGAAGACAUGAUCAAUUCUCGCCCGCUAACGUACGUGUCUCAAGAGUGUGACGAAGCGGAGGCACUCACUCCAAACCACUUUUUGCGGGGACUCUCCCCAAAUCAGCCUAGCGUGAAUCUUCCCCCACCUCAUCCAGCAGCAGCACUUCGAGACGCGUUCCAGCGAUCGCAGCAGUUGGCCAGCAUUUUGUGGGAACGUUGGGUCAAGGAGUACAUUCCUUCGCUAAACCAGAGGACAAAGUGGUUUGGUGAGUCGAGACCAUUAAGAAUAGGAGACUUAGUUUAUGUGGUAGAAGGUAGCAACCGGAAGUGCUGGAUCCGCGGGGUGAUAGAGGAGGUCAUCGUGUCCGGUGAUGGACGAAUUCGGCAGGCCUGGGUACGCACCAACAGUCGACGAUAUAGGCGAGCAACAGCAAAACUAGCCGUGAUGGAGUUUGGUAACUCUGAACCGGAUGCGAGCUCCGGUACAGGGUUACGGGCCGGGGAAUGUUCUGGCAUCACUGGCAGUUGCACCAUUGCACCCGUGUCGAAUUGA